AUGUGGGCUCUGGAGACAAGAUUAGAUCUCCGGGAUCAAGAGUUGGCAAAUGCACAAACUUGUUUGGAUCAGAAAGGUCAAGAGGUGGGGUUACUUAGACAGAAGUUGGACAGUUUGGAAAAGUGUAACUUAGCAAUGACUCAGAAUUAUGAAGGACAACUACAAACCCUAAAAGCUCAAUUUUCCAAACUAACUAAUAGCUUUGAAAAGCUGAGAUUACACCAGAUGAAACAAAAUAAAUUUCGACGAAAAGAAGUAUCACACCUCAGAGAAGAAAUACCCUUUGAAAUGAGCAAUUUGAACCAGAAAUUAGAGGAAUUUAGAGCAAAGUCAAGAGAAUGGGACAAGCAGGAGAUCCUAUAUCAGACUCAUCUGGUUUCUUUAGAUGCUCAACAAAAAUUGGUAUCUGAGAAGUGUAAUCAAUUUCAGAAACAAGCACAAAGUUACCAAACUCAACUAAAUGGUAAAAAACAGGGCAUAGAAGACAGCAGCUCUGAAAUUCCUCAGUUGCUAUGUGAACCAGAUCACAGUUGUGAAACCACUGAAAGAGAUGAGUUCAUUAUUGAAAAAUUAAAAUCAGCUGUGAGUGAAAUAGCAUUAAGCAGGAAUAAGCUACAAGAUGAAAAUCAGAAGCUCUUACAAGAACUGAAAAUGGACCAAAGACAGUCUAGUGGAGUCGAGAGGGAUAUAACUUUGGCACUGGAGCAGGAAGAGGAGGCGCCUUGGGCAGUGUUGGAGAAGGCUGAUUCACUUCUGGAGGGUCUGAUCCAGCUGGGCCAGGAUGUGGUGGGCGCCUAG